ACAGCAGGAGCCCAGCGCCUCUCUGUGCCCUGAGUGUAGCUUGUCGUCCUUGUCCUGGUGUGUGAGGGCGCAGGGACUGAGCCUGGCCAGAUGACCCCUCGGAGGCGUGUAGGGGAGAGGCUGAGCAGCCAUUUCUCCACCACUUCCUAAGGUCCCGCCCAGAGGUUGGCCAACUUGCAGGGCCAGAGGGUCAACAUUUAGGCUUUGCGAGCACAACGCGGCCACCACGGCUGCGCGACUCUGCUGUCAGAGAGGCUAUGGAGACAUGAGCCUGUGUGCCAAUAAAACUUUAUUUACAAAACCAGGCUGUGGGCCAGAUUUCACCCAUGGUCUAGACCAAGAGGAUGGGACCCCAUGGGGCUCAGAACCUGCGAGCCCCUGAUCUGCACUUUGUGGGGGUGUGGUCUGGGUGUGGUGUGGACCCCACAGGGCGCGUGUGUUUCUAGCCAGAGCAGGUGCGUGAUCAGCUGCUUCCACAGCAGGUUCGGAGCUCUUGGCUCUGCUGCGCACUUGGGGGGCCCUCCCUUAGAGCCAGGACCACGUGGCUGUGAUGGGGGCUUCGGUACCAGAGCUGAGGGAGGAGGCAGGGCCCUACUCAUCCCAGGACCUGGAAGCAGCAGAGCUGAGAUCCGGAGGCCUCCACACUGACGUCCCUCGGGCUGCUGUGAAAAGCUGGGCUUUGGGAAAAACUCCGCUUCUCUUCCAAACUGGGAACGGCUGCAGGCAUAGCAGAACUGCACGGUGUACAAGGACCCCCUAGCAACCUCCUGCAGGGAUUCUACUUGGUGCUGAUCGGGAACCUGGAGACAAGACCCCAAUUGAUGCUAGUGCCCCGGGAGUGGGCGUGAAGGUGAAGCCAAGGGCCACCAUGGGUCAGAAGGUCCCCGGAGGGAUCAAGACCGUGGGCAUGAGGGACCCCGUGUACCGGCCUCUGAAGCAGGAGCUCCAAGGCCUGGACUACUGCAAGCCCACGCGGCUGGACCUGCUGCUGGACAUGCCCCCCGUGUCCUACGACGUCCAGCUGCUGCACUCGUGGAACGACAAUGACCGCUCGCUCAACGUCUUCGUGAAGGAGGACGACAAGCUGAUCUUUCACCGGCAUCCGGUGGCCCAGAGCACGGACGCUAUCAGGGGCAAGGUCGGGUACACGCGUGGGCUGCACGUGUGGCAGAUCACGUGGGCCAUGAGGCAGCGGGGCACACACGCCGUGGUGGGCGUGGCCACGGCCGACGCCCCCCUGCACUCCGUGGGAUACACAACCCUCGUGGGGAAUAACCACGAGUCCUGGGGCUGGGACUUGGGGCGCAACCGGCUCUACCAUGACGGCAAGAACCAGCCGAGCAAAACGUACCCAGCCUUUCUGGAGCCAGAUGAGACGUUUAUCGUCCCGGACUCCUUCCUGGUGGCCUUGGACAUGGAUGACGGGACCCUGAGCUUCAUCGUGGACGGACAGUACAUGGGAGUGGCUUUUCGGGGACUCAAGGGCAAAAAACUGUAUCCUGUCGUGAGUGCCGUCUGGGGCCACUGUGAGAUCCGCAUGCGCUACUUGAAUGGACUCGAUCCCGAGCCCCUGCCGCUCAUGGAUCUCUGCCGGCGCUCGGUGCGCCUGGCCCUGGGCAAGGAGCGCCUGGGCGCCAUCCCCACGCUGCCGCUGCCUGCCUCCCUCAAGGCCUACCUCCUCUACCAGUGACGGACGCUGCGCCCUGGGACCUCCACCUCCACGGCCACCUGGCGCCAACUCACUGAGCCGCCGCCGCCGCCGGGGCCACCGUGCCUGCGCCUGGGACCACCGACCGCAGCCCCGGGCAGAAGUCCCUGCCCUUCCUCUUCAUCCUCCCCGGCUGCCUCUGCCGGCCCAGGACCGAUUGUGACCCAGGCUUCUCCUCCCCCCGCCUGACACUUCCAGGAGGCGGUGUCCCUGCAUGUGAGAAAGAAACAGAGAAUAAAUUCCUACGCAAGC